CCCUCUUCGUCUCGGUGGUCUCUGCGGUCGCUGCGAUUCACGACCCUUUGCCAGCCUCUCUGCCUGCCAUGUUACUGUUCACAACGUUAUGAGGCUUUUUUUCACGAACAAUACGUACCGCGGUACAGGAUCACUUCGGGCAGGCGGUCUCGAGUCGAGUGAGGAGGCGGAGUGUAGGCUUCGCCAUCUGAUACUCUUCGUGCCUUACGGCGCGGCGAGAGCCAGCACCCGACUAGGCAAAUGUGUCUUCCAACUUCGAACGGAUAUCCUUCACCUCGUCGGCUUUGGACCUUCUCAUAUUGGCGCCACUCCCCUCUGCUCAUCACUCUUAAUUUUUUGGCGUGCCUGCAUAUUCUCUUGUCACCUGGACUCCCUCUUCUACUCGUAUUCAUCGUACCGAUAUGACGAUCAUCGACACUAUCUACGCCCCAUAUGCUUGCCUACCUUGCCCUACAUGCGUACAUGAUUAUAUGUCACGAUCCGUCGCACACAGUUAUCGGACGAAUUCGCUAUAUCGAGACCUAGUCGAUGUGUUUGUGUCGGGAGGCUCCACUCAAGGUCCUUUAUACGAGGAUGGUCUCGCUUUGCGAUGACUGUUUAUCGGUGAAGUCCUGCGUGCUUCGGCAUGCCGUGGAGUCCUCUCAUACGACAUGGAUUCUGCACAAGAAGCGAAGUUCUGUCUGGCUGACUCCAUUGGGUUCUUCAUACGAGGGCGGUCACCGCUCCGCGGUUGGUCGCCUAUCGGUGAUGCCUUGCGUGCUUCGGCACGCCAUGGAGCUCUUGCUGGUCGGAAUGAAACUAGAAACGAUAGUCCAGACGUUGACCCUUCACUGAAGAUUUAUUGGCAUAGAAACCCCCGUUUCACUGGCACACGCCUCGUCCAUACCAGGACCGUCCACACCAGGACCUCGAGCACGCAUACGCAUACCCGCUAGCUGCUUCGAACGCGCCCCGUCGCACACCCGCAAGGGAACCCCACAGAGGGAAAGCCUAUACACAGAGCUAUUACGGACAUCGUGUCCAUGCUGCACAACGCACGCACAAACUGCAUAUAUAACAUAUCACAUAGUCAUAACAGACAUAGGCAGAAAUUGAUCCGCCCAUACCCCUUUCUUCUUUCGGCAUUCCUGGUUCGUGCCCAUCGUCGUUUGCGAUAGCGAUCUGCAACGACGGCUGGGUUCGUUCCGGCGGUGUCUCCGUUUCUGCAAGCCCGCAGUCGACGCUUGCGUUUGCUUUGGGCUUGCGCGGCUCUGGUCGGAGAGCGGUGGUCUUCGUGAUCGCUGUUCUUCGGCUGGAUGGCGAACGGGUUGAGUUGUCGUCCUUGUUGACACGAUUCCUCGUUCGUAUUCCGCACAAUUUUUGGAAACCCC